AUGCAGCUUGGGAAAUACAGGCUGGUUGUAAACAUGGCGGCCGCGGUAGCCAGAGUUCUGUCCUUCAGUAGAAAUGCAAAGGUGCUCGUUUCACCCUCGAGGCUCUCCGCUGUGCCUGCUCACAGAUACGGCCUCGAUGUCUCCAGUACCGGCGAAGUCAUAACUCACACUGGCCAGGUGUUUGAGGAGAAGGAUCCCAGGAGAGCCCGAUUCGUCGGCAGACAGAAAGAGGUGAACAAGAACUUUGCCAUCAAGAUGGUGGCAGAAGAGCCUGUGACUGACAUCGGGGCCAGAGUUGUCUCCUGUGAUGGAGGUGGCGGAGCUCUGGGCCAUCCCAAAGUCUACAUCAACCUGGAUAAAGACACCAAAGUGGGCACGUGUGGGUACUGUGGAUUACAGUUCAAGCAGAAGCAUCAUCACUGAAACAUUUCCUCCGUCUGUAUAAAUUGCCAUGUCGGUUAAUAAAUUAUAUCUUCUCUGUC